CCGGGCGCCGGGGCCGCCAUGCCGGGCGGGAUGGGGCAGCGGGAGGCGGAGCGGGAGGACUUCUUGCUGGCGCUGCAGCUCCAGGAGCUGUGGGAAGCGGAGGAUAAGGCGGCCGCGGCAGCAGCGUGCCCCGCGGUGCCUCCGCGCUCUUCGCCCCCGAAGCCGCUGUCGGUGGUGGACGAGGCCUGGGAGCUGCUGGACCCCAGCCCCGACGUGCGCGGCCUCUUCGUGCAGUUCAACGAGAGCCUCUUCUGGGGGCGCCUGGCGGCCGUCGAGGUGUCGUGGAGCCCGCGCAUGACCCUCUGUGCUGGAGUGUGCAGAUAUGAAGGAAGAGGUGGAAUGUGUUCCAUUCGUCUAAGUGAGCCGCUCCUAAAGUUAAGACCAAGGAAGGAUCUUGUUGAGACACUGUUGCAUGAAAUGAUCCAUGCCCUGCUUUUUGUUACUAAUAAUGACAAAGAUCGUGAAUCUCAUGGACCAGAGUUCUGCAAACACAUGCAUCGCAUUAAUCGCUUGACUGGAGCCAAUGUCACAAUCUAUCAUAGUUUUCAUGAUGAGGUGGAUUUGUACCGCCAGCACUGGUGGCGAUGCAAUGGCCCCUGUCGAAAUAGAAGACCUUACUUUGGUUACGUGAAACGUGCAAUGAAUAGAGCACCCUCUGCACGAGACUUCUGGUGGGCUGAGCAUCAAGAGAGAUGUGGAGGUACAUUCACAAAAGUGAAGGAGCCAGAGAACUUCUCUAAGAAAUCCAAGGAGAAAACCCAGCCAGCAGAACUUCCAAGUUCUGAGUCAACUAACAAAGGCAAGACACAAACGUAUGAUACACAAUAUCUGGUGCCUUUUAGUGGCAAGGGGUAUCGUCUUGGAGGAGACAGUGGACUCUCAGAAAAAAACACAGAUUCCAGCAGCAGUGUUAGAAAGAGUGAAACACCUGGAUCACAGUGUCGUUCAGCAGUAAAGACCAUACCAAUCCCUAAAAACGAGAUAAAAUUUGAAAAAUCACCCCGUAGUGGUAUCUUCUUUCCACUUUAUACUGGUGAUGCCAGUGAGAAGAUCAACUUAGCUUCAAAGCAAGAGUUUCCUAAGUUGUCUGUUGCCAAUACAAAGGCCUACAAGAAUGUUGGUGGAUCACCUGUUAAAAUUCCUCGUGUUACAGAAGAAAAAUCAAACCAAGGUUCUGCAAGUGGCAAGAGGGCUAUGCCAUUAUUUUAUACCAGGGCACCCAAACAAAUUUGUUUUGAGGAGACAUCAGCAGCUCAGGUUGCAUCUGAGAAAAAAAGCUCUGAGGGUACUAAUGUGCUGCAGCAAUGGCCUAAGUUGGAAGACAGAACUGCCUUUGAAAACUAUUUCAUUAGAAAAAAGAGUACUGAUGUCCCCUUAAAUAUGAACACACCUAUGAAAACCAAAGCUGAAUCUUCGGUGUCCUCUGCAAGUUUGAGCACUGCUGUAAGGCAAGAUAAAAAAGUCAGUUGUCCUGUUUGCCAGACUGAGGUUUUGGAGUCUAAAAUAAAUGAACACCUUGAUUCUUGUCUUGCAUAAAACCUUUUAGAAAGCUGUCUCAAGAAAGAAAUCAGGGCUGAAAAAUAAACAGAAAAAUUCUAAGUGACAGAUAUUUUUUGAAAAAAAACAAAACAAGAACAGUCCUUUUGAAGAGAUUGUUUUCAGGAAGGUUGUAAGUUACCUAUGCUGUUAAAAGUUGGAGUGGUCAAGUGGAAGGUAAUGAAUGUCAGUCUUCUGGCCCAGGAUCCCAGCCAAAUCACCUACUUUUUCUGAUAGUUUGCACAAACUCUGUUGAAAGUUCACUAGUUUUUAGGAUAUGAGUUUUACAUGCAGGAGUCACUGACCCCUCCAUAUGCUGUUACUGGUUAGGAAAAGUUGUAAGGCAUAUUGGUAGCAAUACCAGUCCCAUCUGUAUUAUAAAAGCCUUCAGAUUUUUCUGUCAAAGUACUUUACAGACCAAAAUGGCAUUAAAUUGACUUUAGCUGACAGUCUUUGUUUUGCUUCUGGAAGCCAGCCAGCUUGGUGGUUCGUGUCCAACAAGCCAGUCACUGGAGUACGAAAACCAUCACGCUUUGAAAAGUUAUGGAUGCUGUGCAGAUGUGUUUGCUAUUUAAACUUGCUGAAAUGUUAACAGUUCUCUUGCUGCACUGGAAGUAUUUAACUGGUUAAACACUUAACAGCUUGAUUCCUUACUUAUAAAACUGGUUAUAAAUAUUUUUUAAAAAUGAAAAAAAAUUAAUUCUGUUUCCUAUGUUGUUGCAACAACUUUAAAUGGCUAUAUUAGCCUCAGAUGCUCGUAUGUUUGCCUUUGAUUACUUGCUGCUCCCUUUUGAAAUUGGGAAGUAAACUGAUGUGCAAUGGAGUUUGACAAAUGAUACAUUUACUCUUUGUAAACAUUGGUGUAUUUUUUUAAAUGCUGGCACUACAGAUUUUAUAUGUGAAUUGGAUUUUUCUUGCAUAUUCUGAAUAAAUUGAUAUUCUAAAUUUUCAUUAA